AUCUCACAACUGUUCAGUUUUUAAUCAGCCGAUCAACCGAACAGUACGGUGUUGUGUGGUAUCAUUCAAUUGAUUAUUAACUUUCACCCAAUACACAAUAUUGUUGAAAAGUGCACUAUAGACGGGAAACAAUAGUGAUAUGUAAUUCGUUGAAGAUACACGUGCAUUGCGAAUCGAAAAUUUUGCAUCAAAUUCGAAGAUAAAAUCGGGCACAUUAAAGACGCUGUUAGAUUGUUAAUGCUGAAACUAAUGAAGUCGAUGUGAAUAGCAAAUUAUGAAUUCUUUAGAAUUUUCGUUUUCAUUCAAAACAUUGUCAUUGAUCAACUCAUUGAUUGUUAUUUAGUGUUCUCUGGUUUCAUUCAACUUAAAUAAUAGACUUUAGUGUUGUGCAGAAGAAAUAAAAUUUUAUUAGACAAUGGCGAUCAAUAGCUAUCUAUUAGCAUUGCUAAUAUGUGUGUCAUACCAAGCAGCGAGCAGGGAGAUCCCUCCAAAUUUAACAGUUCGAAGUUGGUCUAAUGCAGCACAAAGCGUCACCACUGCUGUACCUACGAGCAAAUCAUUCUUCAAUUCUCGGUUAGAGUACAGUAAUAAGUGGUUACCGGUUGGACGAAGUGAUCCGCUCAAAAAUGAUCCAACCUACGAUUACAGUCCUCCUACCAUCGAUCAUCGAAUUCAUUACUGGGAUGAAAAGUCAACCAAAACCAAUGGGAACAAGAAUGAAAUUUUACUGUUGGGAGUGUCUUCCAGACGACAGUACAACCAUAACUAUGUUCAACGGCCUUCGGAUAUAUCAACCGUUAUGCUUCCGCCUCCAAUUCAGUCCGUGCAAAAGAUAAGUUUCAAAAGUGAAAAAAGUCCGAACAGACCAUCUCAUUUUGGAGCACACAACAAAUGGCAAGACGCUGUGUCAUCGGAAUCAAACGUUCGACCAACGAUAGUGUUCCCAAAUGCAGCUCCAACAAUUUACGAUCAUAAAUUAAACUCCAAUGCGGAUGAUGUUAACAAAUUGUUGAGUCACACCGACAUUCAUUCUUCAAUGUACACCAAAUCGAGUCAAUCUAAAAAGUCCUGGCUACAAGAUCUGCUGCAAAAGGAAGUUGCACGACCAACAUCUCCACCUUCGCCUCAUGUUCAAAUCGAAGCGCUUACUAUGCACAAGCUUGAUGAUAUUAACCGCUACAAGACCGAGAUGUCUACAGAAUACUACAUCGAAGUUACACCGCCAUACUUUGUUCCAACCAUUCAACCAUCAAUAGCAAAAGAAAACCAGUUUUUGUUUAAAGAAAUGCCAAAACCAAUGAACCCAAUGAAUUUAAUAAUUCAGGGCCACUCCAGGGUCAAGACGUACGGUCAAGGAGCCGAUGAAAGGGAUCCAAAAAUAAUUGAAGUGAAAGGUGUCGAAAACCCGGUUGUAAAUCGAGUGGUGUCAAAGGAUGAGAAUGGUGUUCAAUUUGAUGUGAAACAUUUACAUGCCAUUAGCAGUAACAAGACUGUCAGUACGCAUGUUAAUUCAACAGUUGAGUCGGGAAAUUCAUCGGUAGCAGGACUUUUAAGUCUGUUAGACUUGUCGUUUGGCGAUAUUUUAAGCGAUAAUUCACCUGAUGUAGUAAAUCGAACCAAGUUGCAAGAAAAUAAAGUAUUGUGAACAUUG